AUGAUUACCUUAUACAAUGCGUUCAUCAGAUCCAAACUCGAUUAUGCGGCAUGUAUUUGGACACCCCAAACUUAUAAAUGUAAAGUUUGUGGCUUCACGACAGAUGCUGAACCACUUCUUAGAAUGCACCUUACGACGCACGGUGAUACUUACAAUUUUAAUUGUGCAAAGUGUGAUUACGUAACAAACGUUAAACGGUAUUUAGUAGCACAUCUCUUAACUCACAAGGUUUUUAAAGCUUUUAAGUGUCCAAAUUGUGACUAUACGUCAACUACUAAGCAGAAGUUGAGAUAUCAUUUUUUAAAAUACAAUAUUACAAAUGAUUUUAAAUGUGACAUUUGUAAUUAUGCAACUAAUACUAAGCAAAAAUUGAGACUUCAUGUUCUAAAACACAAUGUUUCAAAUGAUUUUAAAUGCGACAUUUGUAAUUAUACAACAAAUACGAAGCAGAAAUUCAGGCGUCAUGUUCUAAAACACAACCCGUCAAAUGAUUUUAAGUGUGCCAUUUGUGCUUACGCAACAAAUACUAAACAGAAAUUGAUGUGUCAUGUUCUAAAACACAAUGUUUCAAAUGCGGUUUCAAACUUCUUUAAAUGUGAUAUCUGCGAUUACACAACAAAUACUAAACAAAAUUUACGGUAUCAUUUCUUAAAGCACAAUGUUUCAAAAGUUUUUAAAUGUGACGUUUGUAAUUAUGCCACAAACUAUAAAAACCGUUUUAAAUCCCAUAUCUUAACACACAAUAAUUCAAAAGAUUUUAAAUGUAACAUUUGUGAUUUUUCUACACAUACUAAGAAGAAUUUGAGGAAUCACUUCCUGAAACACAAUGUUUCAGAAGUUUUUAAAUGUAACAUUUGUGAUUAUGUAACUAAUAUUAAGGACAAUUUGAAGUCGCAUCUCUUAAAACACAAUGAUUCGAAAGAUUUUAAAUGUAAUAUUUGUAAUUUUGCAACAAAUAGGAAGCAAAGUUUGAAGCAACAUUUUUUAACACACAAUGAAUCAAAAAAUUUUAAAUGUGAUGUUUGUGAUUAUGCAACAAAUGCUAAGAAGAAUUUAACUGCGCAUGCUCUGAAACACAAUGUUUCAAAGUGUUAUAAAUGUGACGUUUGCGAUUAUGUCACAAAUAUUAAAACAUAUUUUAAGUCUCAUCUCUUAAUACACAACGAUUCAAAAGAUUUUAAAUGUUAUCUUUGUGACUAUGCAACACAUACUAGGAAGAAUUUGAGGAAUCAUGUCCUGAAGCACUGACGUUUAUAAAUGUGACGUUUGUGAUUUAUGCUACUACAAAUUAAAAGUUGUUAUAAGCACACAAUAAGGUUGUCUGUGUCAAACAAUCAAUAAAUUUUCAUUGUUAUAUA